AUGCCUGCAUCGAACAAAGCAUCAAAUGAACCCCAUGUGCUUAUCAUCGGAGCUGGCUUGACCGGUCUCAUACUAGCUCAUGGGCUAGGAAACCGUGGGAUCAAGUACGAGAUCUUCGAUGAGGCCGAAGCAGCCGGCAGCUAUGCUACACGCGAGUGGACUAUGGGCAUUCACUGGAGCGCAAAUGUAUUAUACGACCUGUUGCCACCGCACGUCUCGUCUCGUAUAGUGAGCGAAGCAUCCGUAGAUCCGUCGCUCGAUUAUUCCUCCCCGCCGAACAACGGUACCCGGAUAUAUGAUGGUCAAACGGGCAAGGCUUUCCAGGAAGUAACGACCGAAGGCCGACUACUCCGAGUGUCGCGAGCACGACUCAGGAAGCUGUUUAGUGAAGGCGUCGAUGUCAGGUAUGAUCAUAAGCUUAUCCGACUAUCGUACUCUGGUGAUGGUACCUCGGUCACCGGUCGCUUCUCCAACGGCGCUGAAUACUCUGGUACUGUGGUCUGUGGGACCGAUGGAUGGCGCUCCGCUGUUCGAAGCGAGCUGUUCGGACCAGAGAAGGCCAGAGCUGCGCCUAUGAGCGGAGCCGUUCAUCUGUCUGCAGCAUUCUCCUACCGCGACGCCGCAGUAGCGCAACACGUCCGAACUGCACAUCCGGUCUUCUCCUGGGCACUCGAUCCCGAAGUUUUCGUGUUUGUUAGCAUUCAAACCACCCCAGACCCGAAUUCGCCGGCCGACUGGGGCUUCUAUCUUCUGCUUGGGUGGUUGGGCGAGAAGGAUACGACAUUGUCCAAUGCACAAAGGCUGGCCCUCGCCAAAAAGAAAGCCGCCUCUAUCGCUGAGCCCUUUCGCACUGCCGUCCAAGCUAUUCCCGACGAUACCAUUUUAUCGUACAGUGAUAUUAACAGCUGGGUUGCACAACCUUGGGACACCCAUCAAGGCCGCGUCACCCUCGCCGGUGAUGCCGCUCACCCGAUGCCGCCUUAUCGCGGACAGGGCCUCAAUAAUGCUAUUCUCGAUGUUCAAAACUUCAUCGAGGCCAUGGCUAAAUUGAAGGACUCCCGAGCAGACGCCGGCACAGCUCUUGCCUUACAGACAGAGCUCAUCGAGGAGUAUAGCACCGAAGUGGUGAAGCGCGGAGCAGCAGAGACGGAGUUGAGCACCAAAACCGCUUAUGAAAUGUUGCAGUACCACGACUUCAUGCGUGAGGUGAAGUAUGGACUCGCGCGGAAAGGACACUGA